AUGGCAAGGCGCUUAGGUGCAGGCGCCGGCCCCAUUUCCGCCAAUUGUUUCCAACUGAGGCUGGAUGCUACCGUUUCAAAGCAAUACGCCGGCAUGCUGUCGAUCGCUACGCUAGUUGCUUUCAGAAAUGGGCGGUAUACGGAGGAAAUGAAGAGGGCUAAUUGGACUGGAGAUCGCCAUUAUCGCGAGGCCGUCAGUGCCCGACCUAGUGAGUCCCCUACCGCCGGUCUACAGUACAAUAGUGUGAUACGAAACCAGGGGUAA